AUGAGUUGGUUCCCAUAUUCCCCGCUCACCUCCCACCAUGGCUGUCUUGUGCCACGAUCGCGAGUCUUCUUCAUCUACCUAGGCCUAGCAGCGAUAUUGCUCCUGUUAUCAUACCAGAUCUUGCUCAAUCGAUCACCGACUGUGAGCGCAACAGGCGCAAAAAUCGAUGAAGGUGUUAUCGCGGUAGAAGGCGAACAUUUCAACCCAGACCCUGUACAACCCGCCGAAAAGGAAUUGGUUUUCGCAGCGAUGCAGGCAAGUAACAUGUCCUGGGUUGAAGAGCACUUACCCGAUUGGCGGACGAACAUAUAUCGCGCUGACGCCGAGGGCCAAGACGUGUUGACGGUGCCAAUCAACAAGGGUAAUGAGGCAAUGGUCUACUUAACGUACAUUAUUGAUCGAUACUGGACCCUCCCAGAGGUAUCAGUCUUUCUACAUGAAAACCGAUACCAAUGGCACGUCGACAACCCACUCUACGACUCCGUGAUAUCAAUCUCAGACCUACAGUCGGACUUCGUCCAGGAAGUCGGGUACGUGAGUCUCCGCUGCGCCUGGAGCGUUGGAUGUCCCCGAGAACUGGAGCCAGCGCGCUACCUCCGGGAGAGACCCGACGACAGCCACCACCCGGCAGCGAUGGAAUAUCCGGAUCGCUUUAUGGAGCUGUUUCCGCGGGCGGAAGUGCCAGAGGCCGUUGGGACUCCAUGCUGCAGUCAAUUUGCUCUUUCGAGAAAGAAGAUUCACGAGCAGAGUAUUGAUUACUACAUCCGUUUGCAGCGGUGGUUGAUGGACACGGAGCUGACUUCGGGAAUUAGUGGGCGCGUGCUGGAAUAUUCGUGGCACAGUGGGUCUUUUCGCUCUCGUUCUCGCGAUCCUUUUGCUGACUUCUGGUACAAUCUAGUGAUCUUUGGGAAACCUGCCCAGUACUGCCUCGAUCAGCGGGAUUGCUAUUGUCGAACUUAUGGUUAUUGUAAUAUGACCGACACUGAGAUACAAAAUCAUUGGGUGUGGCGCGGCCUCACACUGCCGGAGGGAUGGCCAGAGCCGAAAAAAUCAAAUGAAACGCCCGCGCAAUAA